AAUUUAUAUCAACUUCUUAUGGAAAAGGGAAAAUUUUUUAUACAAGUUAUUUUCCUAGUUGGAAACGUAAUACUUUACCCUAUAAAUUCACAUUACAAUUAAACUUUUGUUAUAAAAAAAAAAUAAAAUCAUGGCGUUCCCCAUUGAAGUUGAAGACAAUCGUUAUAAACUCUAUGAUGUGUUUUUUUUUAGUGACCGAAUCUUAACGACAGUGACUUCAAAUCCAGACGUAGUAACUAACUGGAUCAGUGGAAUCGAGUAUGUCCAUCGAAGUCGUCUCAAUCGACUCAUAGUAGGCCUCGAUGUAGAAUGGAGACCUAAUUUCACUAGGCACCAAAACAACCCUGUUGCAACUCUACAACUUUGUGUUGGUCGUCGUGGCCUCAUAUUUCAAGUAAUUUAUUGUGAAUAUAUACCUGAAUCGCUGAAGGAGUUUUUGUUGAAUCCUCGUUAUGCCUUUGUUGGUGUUGGAAUUGCUAACGAUAUUGAGAAGCUAGAGGAAGACUAUACGUUACGCGUAAAUAAUAGCGUUGAUCUGAGGGAAUUGGCUGAUUGUAGUUUGAGGAAUGCUGGAUUGAAGAGGCUUUGUCAAGCUGUUUUAGGAAAAGAGAUGGAAAAACCUAAGCAUGUUGCUAUUGGGAGAUGGGAUAAUGAGUGUCUUGAUAAUGAUCAAGUGCAAUAUGCUUGUGUUGAUGCUUUUGUAUCGUUUGAGAUUGGUAGGUGCAUGAUUGCUACUGCAUAUUCAUGAUUGUUUCUAAAAGUCUUUUUUUUUUUUUCUUUUUCGAAUAUGAAUUUAAUUAGACUAUUUUGUGUUUUUGAUUUGUUACCUUGCCCUUCUAAUUUUGGUUUCUUGCAUGAUAUAAUUAAGUCUUUGUACUAUUUUUCUUGCAAUGUUGCCCUUGUGAAACAUUA